UUGAGGGAAAUUCCUCGACCAAUUGACGUUCCCGAGUGCGGUCUAGUCUGUGAUGUUCUAUGGUCGGAUCCUGAUGAGUUGAGGGAAAUUCCUCGACCAAUUGACGUUCCCGAGUGCGGUCUAGUCUGUGAUGUUCUAUGGUCGGAUCCUGAUGAGAGAGUCCACAUCUAUGCAUGUAUGCCCAACAGCGAGUUGCCUCCAGGUCUUCCAAGGCAAUUCCGCCAUUUUCAUCAACAGCCGCCUUCUCAGCCACCAAUAUAUGUAACCAUUUUAAUUUCCGUGGCGUUGAUGAUUUUCGCCCAAAUCGUCGAGGAAGAUGCUCAUGAAAUUCAACGCCUAGAAGGAUUCCCCAAAGGCUUUGGGAGCCGGCGUUCGCUGCCGGAAAUGAUUAUCUUUGUUCUUGACCCGGUUUACCGCAAUGCGGUAAACCGGGUGCCCUAUCCGCUUCCGGGUUGGCGUGUAGGAGUUGCUGCGUGGUAUACCCGAGCGAGGAUGCUACGCUCGGCCCGAAGUGGCAACCAAAAAGAAGUUCUCAUUGCGGAAAGCAAAACGGUGAUUGGGAGCAAAAUCCUCAAACGUCAACCUUCGGAUCAGUGGUGACUUAGUGUCCAAGACCUCAAGUUUCCUUUCCCAAGAGCAUCUGCGGGAGAAGAAAAAAAAAAGCGACAAUGAUACGAAAAAUCACUCAAGAUUUCGACGAGCAGCACACGUCAAAACCGGAAAUGAAGCUUCCGGUUGAAAUUUCAAGGCUCGGUUUUUUGUUUCCUCUUUUACAUCUGUGUCGUUUUCCUCUGCUGCUGGAACCAGCAAAAACGAUGUUUGGUCGUUCUUUUCGAAAGGAAACAAAAAGAAGGAAAUAUUGGAACUGAAACUUUUUUUUUUUUUUAAAGAGGUUUUUUUUUUGCUCGAAUGAAUGCGUUUUUUUUUCAAACGAUUCCGUUUUCGAGCACGAAAUCUUUGAUUGGUUGUUCCUGAUGUGCGAUUCUGUUUUUUUUUUCGUGAUUCCCUGAAUGAAUGAUUGAUUGAUUGAAUAGUUUUUGAACCUGUGGCUGAGAAUCAAGAGGCUCCUGAAUGAGCAAAAAUACAUUACGAAUUUGAGGUCGGAAAGGAAAAAUUGCUGGAGGGAAAAAACGCUGCAAAUCUUCCGUCAUUCCAAAACGACCAAUCAUAAAAAGUCAAAAGCGCAAGAAAGCUUUUAUCCAUGUUCCGAACACACGGUUUUUAUUUUCACAAACCCAAUUUUUUUUAUUGAAAAUGAACUUCAUAUGUGCAUUUCAAGUUCCAUUCGAGAUCAAAUCAAGACUAUGUAUAGAAACAUAUAAAAUCUGAGGGUUUUUUGAAGCUCCUUCUCUUGAGAAUUUUCUCUGCGCAGCAUUUUUUAAAACUAAUUUAUUUCAUAAUUUAUUGGAGCGAUUUCAAAAAUUUCCCGAAUUGAAUGUAUUCAAAGAUCGGAAGAGAAAACCUUGUAAUGAAAGAUUUUUGCCGAGCUUUUAAUAAAAACCCUAUUUCUUUCAGUAUUUUCGAAAAAUAUAUCUUAAUAAACGUGAAAAAUUGAUACUUCUCCUGAAGACAAUUGAUUAGCGACGACUUCAAUAAUUAUAAACAUUUUCAAAUCAAUUUUUUCUUGUGCUAUUAAUAUUUAUUUUGAAGGCAGCUCUUUCUCGUUCGUAAAUGUUAGCAUGCAAAUAAUUAUAAGGCUCAUCAGAGGCUCUAUGUAUAGAUUGCUGACAAUUGAAUGACUUUGGAAAUAAUUUCGGUCAAAUUAAGACGAAGUAUUUAAUCAUUCCUUCCGUCAAAGCCCAAAAUCAUCCGGAGAUUCUACCUAUUUUGAAGCACUUACAAGUGAAAAUGGUCAAUUUAAAUGUCUGAAAUGCUCGAGAAGCAUUAAUUGCUUUUUUCCUUGGAAUAAGUUUCAGAAAUCGCAAAGAAAAGUUUUGAUGUGAGACAGAACGUUUGUAUAUGAUGUCCAUUAUUCCUGCCAUGGGACUGAUCUCAAAUAUUAUAAAACACGAGCAAAGCAGAACAAGUGGCUCAAACUGCUUCCAUCUUUCUUCGUAAAAUCUGAAAAAUUACUUUAUGAAAUAAAAUCUGAAGAUUUGAUUGGAAACGUCCAUAUAUUUCGGGGACUUCUGAUGCGGGCAUUCGAUGAUAACGAAGCCUCGAUUUCCUUCCGAAGGGAAUUUCCCUGAAGGAUUUUAUUUUAUUUAUUUUUCUCUUUGAUCAGCACGCAAAUUGUGUCAGACUGAAGCCAGUUUGUGGCCCCUAUAUAUAUAUAUAUAUAUAUACCCGGAGUUGCCAGCAAAUUAGCGUGCACAGCAGACCCCCUACCGCAACCCCAAUUUGGUGUGAUUGCGGAACGAAUGUGAAGCCCUCAGCUUUUCCUGCUGACGGAAACGGAAAUAAACACAUCUCCUUCUGUACA